AUGAAAUAUUUCUAACAAUGAGGAGUUAUGUUAGUUCUCUUUCUUACCUUUCUAUGAUUGAUAUACUUGUGUUCCAUUUUAGGAAUGGUAUCCUUUCUUACUAUGUUAGUUGGCAGCAUAGAUCUUGUGUUGUUGCGAAAAGGAGAUUUGUUAUAAUGGAUGGAACUGAACAGGUGGGAAAAGUGAGCAUGGAGUGGGUUGCUGCUGACAAUACUAAGGUAGUGGGUACAUUCCCACCCCGCAGCAGCAACAACAAAAAGGGGUGGACUGGCUACAUCGAGAAGGACACAGCAGGACAAACAAACAUAUACUCUGUCGAGCCUGCAGUGUAUAUUGCAGAAAGUGCAAUAAGCUCGGGAACUGCAGGCUCCUCAGCUGACGGCUCGGAGAACACCGCGGCCAUUGUUGCCGGCAUUGCCUUAGUAUCAGUUGCCGCAGCUUCAUCUGUGCUUUUCCAGGUGGGCAGUAAUCCGGCAGCUGUGGUCCCACCACCUCAAUACUCGGGUCCUUCCCUCAGCUACUACAUCAACAAGUUCAAGUCUCCCGAGAUCAUACAACCACCGGAGACCAAACCCGAACAGCUGCUCGAGGAGGCAAUACCAUCAGUCACCCCUACUGCCUCGUAGGCGCUUCGUUUUUGCUUUUAUUUAUUUUUAUUUUUUUUCAAGGUUGGAAGAUCACAAAUUCAAAUUUUACUAUGGGAACAUUGUGGGUCGACUGCCUAUAUUUCUUAAACAAAACUCGCAUUUAUAAUAUUAGUAAAGUGCACGCGCGACGCACGUGGUGACAUAAUUAUUUUUUUUUUUCGACAUGAAUCGUUACCAAGUAUACUUGAUUUAUUAAACAUGAAAAACAUGUAGCAUAGUAGUAAAAGUUUAAAACUGUUACCCAACCUUAAAACAUGUCUAUACACAAUUAUUUGCUCUAUUUCUUCAUGAGCAUGUGUGGUCUAGUUUCAGUAAGACUUUGGUCGUGAAAGUGAAGUUUUCUUUUAUAGCAAAUAUGUAAUUGACCAUGAGAAUACAAAUU